AUGGCGACCAUGUCCGCCGUCGCCGGGUUCGCCCCCGUCGCAUCAUCGCCCCGGGCCUUCCAUCGCCGGGCCGGACGACGUCCGAACCUCCCGCACGCCGCCGCCGCCUCGCGGGAGCCCCCGUCGUCGCCCCCCGAUGGCAAGAGCACGACCGAUCCCGAGAAAAGCAACAACGUCGUCGGUCGCGAAAGCUCCGUCGCGACGCUCGCCGUCGAGGAGGUCCGCGCGUGGUGCCUCCGGACCGACGGCGGCGUUCUCGCCACGGAAGCCGACGUCGCGGCCCUCCGCGCCGCCGUCGACCGCCUGCGCGACGUCACGGACGACCGAACGCCCCACCUCGCGGGGACGCGAUGGAGACUGGCGGGUUGCGCCCAACACACGCUCCGUUCACCCGCCACCUGGCUCGCGUCCCCCUUCUUCUGGAUCGCCAAGGAGGCGCAGCACGAGUCCGCGAGGCUGGCGCGAGUUCCCGACCUCUUCCCCCCGUGGCGACUCGCCGCCGAGUUGAGCGCGGGGGGUCGGUCGGGAGAGGAAUGGAUCGUGGCGUUCGGCGAGCGAGAGACUGGGGCGCCGUUUCCCUUCUCAAUCGGGGAAGCCGUCCUCAACGGCCUCGCGGUGCCGUUUCGUUCCGACGCCGCGACGGUGGAGUUCCGAGCUCCGGGCGCGCGGGAGGAGAGCGACGAGGGCGCGCGCGGAACGCGGGGUACGUACGCACCGCGGCGGUCGCUGAGGAUGACGUCGAGGUCCGAGGUUGCCUUCGGCGUCGGUCGUUUCCGCGUGGCGGGCGACCUCGUCACCGAGGCUCGCCUUCUCCACGCCGUCGGUCGACGUCAGGAUCGAUCGAACUCUGGAUCGAUCGACGACGGGCGGGGGGCGGCGGGCGGCGUUGACGCCGAGACGGACGCGGAUGCGACGGAUGCCCGCGCGGGAUCGAUGCUGGACCGCGAGGAGGAGGCGGAGGCGGCGCGGCGGCGGCGGCGCGGCUCACGGCGGCGGCCGCGGCUCGCCGUCGACGUCGACGUCGGCGCGUUUGUCAACUGGCGCACCGGGGGCACGCCGGUGAAGACGCUGGCGACUUCUGAGGCGAGUGGUGGUGACGUGGAUGGUGACGUGGACGGGGGAGGCGACGCGGUUGGACGCCGGCUGGACGCGGACGCCGCCGAUUUCGCCAGCUGGCGCAUCGGCGGGGUCGCGACAACCGGAGCGCGCCGCGCGCCUCCCCCCGCGUCCACGUCCCCCGAGCCGCGCGAGGAGAUCGUCGGGAUGGAAACGCGCGAGGAGAUCGAGACGCGGCGCGCGUGCCUGCUCACCACGCGGUUCGAGCGCACGGGCACGCCGCUGGACGGGGUAGACGUCGCAUCCGGGAGAAUCAUGGGCGCUCUCAUGUCGCCGAGCCCGCGUCUGCGCAGGUCGUUUCGGGAGGGCGCGCUGCCCUCGGUGCCGUACGCGCACGUGUGGUGCGACGGUGAGACGAUGAUCGCGGAGGCUGGGUCGUGCGCGGAGACGUCGACGCUGCUGGUGUACGCGAGGGUGCCUUGGCAGGAGGGCGGCUGCGCGUUUAGGACGGGCGACGUGUGA